AUGUCUCUACCAAGCAUUCGCUCCUUGUCAACAUCAACAUCGCCACCAACAUCAACAUCGCCAUUUACUCCCACAAUCCACCCGAUCUUCGAGUCAUCAACAGGAACAUGGCAGUACAUCGUGGCGUGUCCAUCGACACACCGCGCAGCAAUCAUCGACCCGGUACUGGACUACGACCGCGCCACGCAGACGGUAUCCCCGACGACGGCGCUCGCGCUGCUCGAGCAGGUCUCGCGCGCCGGAUACACCGUGGAGAUGAUCCUCGAGUCGCACGUCCACGCCGACCACCUCACGGCGGCGUUCUUCCUGCAGAACCGGCUGGCUCGGGCGCAGGGCGGGUUGCGCCCGCCGAUCGGGAUCGGGAAACGCGUCGAGCAGGUGCAGCGCCAGUUCGGCCGGCGAUACAGCAUCGGCGAUGACGAGUACGUGGGCGUGUUUGACCGACUAUUUGACGACAACGAGAUAUUUGCCAUUGGCGAUCUGCGGGGGGAAGUCAUGCACCUCCCCGGCCAUACGCCGGACCAUUUAGGAUAUAAAUUUGGAGAUGAUGUCUUCUGUGGCGAUUCUCUGUUCCACCCCGACAUCGGCACUGCCCGGUGCGACUUCCCCGGCGGCAGCUCCGAAGCCCUGUUCCGCUCCGGUCGGCGACUGCUCGCACUGCCCGGUCACGUGCGCAUCUGGACGGGCCACGACUAUCCGCCCGCGGACGGCGCGCGGCCCGCGGUGCCCUGGACGAGCGUCGCCGAACACCGCGCCCAGAACAAGCAUCUCAUGGACGGCAUCUCGCAGCAGGACUUUGUCGCCCUGCGCAGCGCCCGUGAUGCCUCCAUGGCGGCGCCCAAGCUGCUGCAUCCCUCGCUGCAGAUCAACAUCCGGGCGGGGCGGAUGCCGAGCCCGACGGACAAGGGCGACCGACUCUUGCAUCUGCCCAUGAAGGGUGGUGACUUGGUGUAG